AUGCUGACAGAGCUGAUCCCCACAAUUAACGUCUUAUUCAAAGAGGCGAAACGUAAAUUUGCUGAGUUGGAUGCCUACUCUUCAUCAACGAGAGAGGCACAUGAGCAUCAAAAUGCACUCUGUACGCUUCACAAGGAAUUCAGCAUGAUCCAAUCAAUGGUGGAGCGUCUUGACUUCUUCAGCGACAAUGAAUCUUUCGAGGAAAUAUCUACUUCAUAUAUACCCUUUCUAGCUUUAGAUUACUAUAUCGCGAGCGUGAGCAUGAGACUAGAAUUUGGGGAGUUAAAUCGUGCAGUCGAUGAUGACGCUAGGCGUCAGUAUAAAUUGAAAUGUCUUCACGAAGCAAGGAGGCGAUUUCUUCAGUUUUUGGAAACUUUAGCUUUCUUUGGGUCAGUUUUGAACUCCGAAGAUGUUCAACUACUCAAACUCCUUAAAGAUGGCUCGCUGCUGGAUGUAAACCUCUCAACAGUUAUGAAGAACCCAUACGAGAGAAGGAAGGCAAAGAUCAAAAAUUUUAAGAGAAGAAAAGAAUUGGAGGAUAAACUUCGUUACCUUGACCAAAGUUUUACAAAACGAGGCAGUGACGUGGAAGAGAUCAAACGAGAGUAUUUCAUUGAUGAAAUUCGUCUUCUUGUCUUAAAUACUCUAGACAACAUUUUUCUGAUUGAUAUGGAGAUGGGCAUGCUAGAAAAAAUGCCACCUCAUGAUCAAACUAAUUACACGCCUUCUAUGCAUAGUAAGAAAGAUCAGGCUUUGCGUGUCGAAGAGGUACCUGGGAAAAAACGAAUUAAUGACUUGAUAGGGCCCGGGGGAAAGAUUUUGCAGCCGUUCACAAUUACAAAAACCAAAGCUGAUAUACGAAAUGCAGUCUUUGGAUACAGCCACACACUACCAAGCAUGUCUGUGGACGAAUAUCUUGAGUAUGAACUUAUGCACGGAAAGUUGUUAAAUGCCACAAAUACGAAGGAAGAGCAGGACGAGCACAGUGAAAAUAGUGAUGAAGAAUUGUAUGCACGCAAUUGGGACGAUUGGAAGGACGAUCAUCCAAAAGGUAGCGGUAAUAUGAAGGCGAAUAUAGGAUGA